AUGAGGGAUCGGAGGACGACGUAUCGGCAGGGUCAACUUGGGGAAGAUGGCCGACUAGUUGUUCCCACGCCGGUACUUCAGCACCCUCCUUUCCCUCCUCCUCCGCCGCCGCCUCAACCGCCUCAGGUUCAACCGGAAGUUCAACCGCAAGCUCAACCCUUUCCGCAAGCAAAUCUUGAUGGUUUGUGGGUACCGUUUCCUGCAGGAGUUCCCCAGCCGCAAGUGCAAGGUCUCCAACCCGCGGGGGAAAUACAAUUCAUAGAUCAGCGCAACGUAUACGACAUGGACCGGGAAGCUCGUAUUCGACAGGGCCGGGGACGGUUCAGCAUCAUCAUGUUCUACCCAGACGGCAGAAACACCGAGCCGGAAACCCGAGAGUGGCGCCCUGAACCCCGCGCCAACAGACGCCGACCACCUCCCCUCGCGCAUCCGGGCGAGAGGGCGGGAGCACCGCGGGCCUGGCCCGUAUUCGCGAUCCACGCCGAGGACCCCCUGUGCAGCCAUCACCUGCCGACGUCGUGGGAGGUGGAGGACAUGAACAACCGCGUCCAGCCGCCGGCGUGCACGUUUUGCCGGUCGAGGGCGUACGCCGUGUACUUGCGGUGCCGGACUUGCGGGAUCGUGGCGUGUAGUAUGCAUAAUAGCGUCCGGUUCGGGUUGACGUGGGCGCAGGCGGUGAGGGUGAGGAACGGGUUGAGGAAUCGGGUCUGGAUUGAGCCGGCGGGCACGAGGAGAGGUGAGAAUAGGAGAGACGAGAAUCGGAGAGGUUGGUUUCGACAGGCGUUUGGGAGAAGAUGA